AUGAACACUGAAACCUUUCCCUUGAACACUGGUGCCACCAUUCCCCAAGUUGGUCUUGGGUGCAUGAGACUCACCACCGAAUCUAUUCUUCAUGCCUUGAAGCUGGGCUACAGACACUUGGAUACUGCCUUUAUCUAUGACAAAGGUAACAAUGAAGUGGACGUGGGUAAAGCUAUCAGAGACAGUGGAAUCCCUCGUGAAGAGAUUUUCGUGGUUACUAAGCUUUGGAACAGUCAUCAUAAAAAUGUCGCUGGAGCUUUGGACGAUAGUUUGAAACGUUUAGGCUUAGAUUACGUCGACUGUUACCUUAUGCAUUGGCCAUUCUGUGAAAACCCAGAGAUUAGUGGAGUGGCGUAUGAAGAUUGGACCUACAUCGAUACCUACGAGGAGAUGGUGAAGGUUUACAAGAACACCAACAAGGUCAAGUCCUUAGGAGUGUCCAACUUCACUGUAGAGAACUUGGAAGCUAUCAAACAUACCGGUGUUGUACCUGUAAUCAACCAAAUUGAAUAUCAUCCAUUGGUUGCAAAAUUUGAAAAUGGGCUUGUGGAUUAUUGCCACAAAAACAAAAUCUUGGUUCAAGCUUAUUGUCCCUUAGGAGGAACAGGAGCAUUUUUGGUGGAUAACGCUGAUGUGGUGGACUUAGCUAAGAAGUAUAAAGCUCAACCAGGUCAAAUCUUAUUGUCUUGGUGUGUACAAAAAGGUAUCAAUGUUAUACCUAGAUCAUCUAAGUUUGAGAGAAUUGAACAGAACAUAGUCACCAUUAAAUUGGAAGACGACGAUAUGAAGUUGAUGGAUAGUUUGGAGGAUAAAUAUGGAUUCCAUAGAAUUAAUGAAAUUCCGUAUAAGAUGGCUCAUCCAUGA